GGAGGAGGGCAGCGCCAUGACUCAUUUGCAGGCAGGUCUCUCCCCGGAGACUCUGGAGAAAGCCCGGCUGGAGCUGAACGAGAACCCCGACACCUUGCACCAGGACAUCCAGGAGGUGCGGGACAUGGUCAUCACCCGGCCGGACAUCGGCUUCCUGCGCACCGACGAUGCCUUCAUCCUGCGGUUCCUGCGGGCCAGGAAGUUUCAGCACUUCGAGGCGUUUCGCCUCCUGGCCCAGUACUUUGAAUAUCGCCAGCAGAACCUGGACAUGUUCAAGAGCUUCAAGGCCACGGACCCGGGCAUCAAGCAGGCGCUGAAGGAUGGCUUCCCCGGCGGGCUGGCCAACCUGGACCACUACGGCAGGAAGAUCCUCGUCCUUUUUGCUGCCAACUGGGACCAGAGCAGGUACACACUGGUGGAUAUUUUGCGCGCCAUACUUCUUUCGUUAGAAGCCAUGAUAGAAGACCCCGAGCUUCAAGUGAAUGGAUUUGUUUUGAUUAUAGACUGGAGCAACUUCACCUUCAAGCAGGCCUCCAAGCUCACACCAAGCAUGCUUAGAUUAGCCAUAGAGGGCCUUCAGGACAGCUUCCCGGCUCGGUUUGGAGGAAUACAUUUCGUCAAUCAGCCGUGGUAUAUCCAUGCUCUCUACACAGUUAUACGGCCCUUUUUAAAGGAGAAGACACGAAAAAGGAUAUUCCUGCAUGGUAAUAACCUCAACAGCCUGCAUCAGCUAAUACACCCUGAGAUCCUGCCUUCAGAGUUCGGAGGAAUGUUGCCUCCCUACGACAUGGGAACGUGGGCAAGAACACUGCUUGACCAUGAAUACGAUGAUGACAGUGAAUGCAAUGCGGACUCUUACAACGCUCCUGCAAAGGACAUAGAAAAGGAUCUCUCUCCCAAAUCCAUGAAAAGGUCUCAAUCGGUUGUGGAUCCCGGGGUGCUGAAACGCAUGGAUAAGAACGAGGAAGAAAACAUGCAGCCUUUGCUUUCACUUGACUAACAGUUCCUGAGCAUCGGACGUGAACCGAGGUGGAAGGCACUGCCUUCUCAGCAGCGAGCAAACCAUUGGGAAAGAGACUACCAGCUGGAAUCCUAUUUACUCAUGUUAAUGUAGCAUAAUGGCAGCAGGCAGCAGGUUUUACUAUUCUGCCUGAAUUCUGGAUGCCCUGGGGUGAAAAAGAAGAGGAGAAAAAAAGGAAAAUAAAAUGAAAUAAAAAAUAAAGAGGAAUCAGUAAUUUAUUCUGUAAGUGCCAACUUGUUUGUAAAUACAAUAUAAUCCUCCAAUUUGACUUUGUAAGUUAUGGUAAAGAAAUGCUAUGGAAACGAGUGACUAUUAAAUAUGUCAGUGAAGUGCACCAUAAAAAAAAAAAAGAGAAGAAAACAUGUGCGCGCUCACACAUGCACACACCUACACACAGAGAAACACAUACUGGACAAGGACAAAUAUCAAAGCCAAUUAAACGUUGUCCUUCUCAUAGGAAGCCAUACUGCAGCUAGUGUAUUGACUGCUGUUUUGUUUUCUGUCUGCAAUGCUCAUGUAGCCUGCAAAGAUAAAGAGGGAAUAUAAGAACUUGGAGAUGCUGUAAUCAGUCAGAUAUUUCCUAACUGUAGCAAUUGAUUUCCCAAAUAACAUUGUGGCUUAGGAUUGUGAUUUAGCAUAAACCAUGUAGCAUUGUGAAAAAGAUAACAGAUGAGCUGGAACCAACUGUUUGACAGCUUUGUUGUUUGGCUGUAUGGAUCUGUGAGAUUUCUUCCUUAACUUUUCAUUUACAGUUUGCAAGUAACCUGGCUUGUUACCCUAAUCUGGGUGCUGUAACGUGGGCCACAUUGGAGUUACUUCUCUUGCAUUUUGUGUGCACAUCAAGAAUUUUUCCAGAACUCUGUUCUCCCUUGGAAUGAGGAAAUAGUUCUCUAAAUACAGUGUAAUAACCGAUAUUUGAAAGCAAAGCCUGGCAGCAGAGGUUAAAAAUUAAUCACUGAAUCCUGUGCACUGGGAGACUGGAUACAUAUAUAUAUUUUUACCAAUCUCAGACAAGCAUACAAGGUGACAUUGUUAGACAGGUAUAUUUAAUUGAAGGUUUAUACAAGAAAUCAUACCUAUUCAAUGUACUUAGAUAUAUUAUAGAUUGUAUAUUGAGACAAUGUCAUUAGUAACGUAGUAAAACUUUCCAUAGAACAACAGCAUCCCACUCCAAGUAACGAUUAAUAUGAAUAAGUUGUAGUCAAACAUCUCAGCCUAUGUGUUUAGGACACUUUUGUUUUGGUUGUAAUGUAACUGUAUAUAUUGAACAUGUGCCAUAAUAGAAAAAUACAUUUUACCUCAAAAGGGCAACAGGUUUCGCUGGGGGUUGGGUCAAUCAGCUGAAACGCAGGGGCUGUGUCAUCGUCGUGUGCUGGCUGAUGUGUGUGCAGCCUGUUGCAUGCUGAGGCAGGAAUGUCAGUUCUUACGAGGACUUCACUCUGCAAUCAAGAGUGAGGAGACACAGAGCGCCCACCAAGACAUCUGAAUAGUUAGAGGUGUUGUAAGAGCAUGUCGGGGCAACGCAGGGGUUAGUUAAGAAUACCCUGAGCACAGUGGAGAUGGCUCACAGCAGCCCUGCCUCCCAAGCGCCAGAGUUUAAAGGAUUUCUUCCAUCACUUCAGUGGUCACUGAAGUUCCAAAGUCACCGGUUGUAGGUCGUCUCUCCUCGCCCAGCAUAAUUGCAGCUGUAAGAUUCAGUAGGCUGGGAUGAGUUAAGAAAGAGCGGAGAGUGAAAUCUUGGAAGCGAGUCGUCUCAGUGUUCAGCUGUAACUCCUGUGGUGGCAGCUUUGGCGUCUCUCAGGGCUGAGGCAACGCUGUCUCUUCCAGCAUCACCCUUGAUUAGCCCAGGCAGCACACAGAUAAAGCUUUCCUACUUCGCAGUUCAUUAGCAACAAUGAUAAAUAGUGUAAGCCCCAACAUGCCGUCGCAUUGCAGGAACUUGUCUGAACAAGUCAUCGCCUUUCUGCUCUCCUAAUUCCACUUUCAUGAUACGUGUUAUGAAAUGCAAAGAGAAAAGAUGUGGAGCCUGAUUGUCUUUUCAGUCUGUCCCACAAGUUUUCAGUAGUAGAAACUGUUGUAAUACUACUUCUGUGCUUUGAGAGACUUGGAAGAUUGAUAAAAUCUUAAAUACAAUUUUAUUUACUCCUACUUUUCACGUACCUUGUAACAUCAUGCUGGAUAGGUGAGAUGUGUCUCUAGGGUUUGCAUAAGUGCCAUAUUUGAAUGUAUGUUUUAUACGCCCACACUUACGGUCAGUAGAAUAGUAUAUUGCCAUGGAUCUGAUUUUUAAAUCCUUAUCAGAUAGAACUCUAACAUCAAUAGAAAUUUUCUGCUUGUAAGGGCUUUAGAAUUUAGUCAGUAUUCCAUAUGUAUGCAAACUGUGACACAGUGGUGAUCAAAAUCUUCACGGAUGCUUUUGGAUACAUGGGCCAAACCUUGUUGUAAACCAGCACAACGCUGAUUUUAGAGUAGAUCAGCUGUCUGGUCAGAAAAUGCAAAUGCCUUUUAUAUCCCCACAGAGCAUCUUUGUAGGAAAGUGUAUCUACUCAACUGUAAGAAGCUUAAAAUUUGGUUUGAAGCUCAUACAUUUUUUUAUUUGCAAAUCCUUUAUUUAUGUGCUAAAUUUAUGUAAUUUAUGUAAUGUUUUCUGAUGCCUGAUUUCAGUUUCAAGUUAAUGAGUAUUAAUAUAUUCUUUCCAGAGAGUGAAAGUAGGAUAUAUUAUAGUUUAACUGGGACCUCGUCUUUCACCAAGAAGAAAACUACCUUUUCAGUAAGAUCCUCACUGUUAAAGAGUUGGGCCACAGAUCUUCUUGGCUGCAGCUUUUAUUUUGCUGAAGCAAAUCCUGACAGUGGUAACUGCAGUUGUGACAUUGGGUAAGAGUAUGAAAACGGUUAAGAAAAAUAAUUAUACCUUAUGCGCUCUCAGUAUUCUUUAAAGGCAUUUCACUUUUACACAUCAGGGUACAUAAAGGGUUUCUGCCUUUCCCUUGCUUCUUGUAGAAAAUCUUUAUAGGUAGGACAAUUUUUAAUAGAUUAAAUUUGGACUGAAAGCUUUUCCAAUCUUUAUUGUCAUAGGAAUUGAUGUCUAAUUUUUAUAGCAGAACUGAAGUGCUGAAAAUAGAAUUCAAAUGCUUGGGAGGAAUUCUACUCUCUUAAUUUCUUACCUUUUUUGUGUAUCAGGUAGAAUAAACCUUGUUGUAAUUAUGCAUGCCGAUAUGCAUAUAAAAAAUAUCGUGAAAUAUGAGGAACUUAGUGGAAAAACUGGAUACACCUGUCCAAGCAACUAAGUGAAAAAAGGGGGAGUAAAAAAAAGUGUAAAAUUGAUAGUUUCAGGCCUUUGUCAAGAUCUGAAAAUGUCCCGUUACAUGAUGGCUCUUCCAUGAAACAAAUGUUUAAAAAUAUAUGGAAAAGUUACAGAAACUUCCAUGCCUAAAGCCUUCCUCCUGUAAUCAGAGAUGUCAAUAGUCUCUUGGCUUUAUAACGACAGGCAAUCAGUCCCACUAAGCUCCAACAAGUACACGGGCUCCCAAUAGUUAUUAGUUGUAAAAUAGCUUCAAGAUGUCUUUACAGAAAUGUAAAUUCACUGUAUAGCAUAUUUAAAAAGGUGUUUUGCACUCUACAGACAUGCUAUGCCUGGUCACAAAAGAUUAUUUGUAGAGACAUACAUAAACUAAACACUGAAUUAAAGAAAAUAGGAGUAGAAGGGACCUCAAGAGGUCAUUGAUUUGUGGAGGAGCAGAUUUGCUUUAAUGUCUCUCUUAAAUAAUUGUUUUAGCUCGGUACCUUGCAUGAAGUGCUCUUUGUAUUAUUUAAUCACAGUCACAGCAAAGCCUAAGCACAUUAUCUGACAAAACUGUAACCUGACAGUAUUUUGUUUAUGCAUUUUAUUAUUUACCUGUUCUGUUUGGGAAAUUAAAAAGCUUACCAAGCAUCAUCAGAACUACCAUUCAGAAUUACCUGCCAAACACUUUGCAAUAAGCUUUGGUCAUGUCUCUGUUAUUAUAUUGUUUCUGUUAUUAUCAGUGUAUGUAUUUGUCAAGGUUUUUGAAAAAGGCGUGUUUGAAAGAGAAUGGAAGAGAGAAGAAUUCAAAAUUAGGCUUCAGGAUUUUGUUUAGAAUAUUACAAUAGGAUUUGAGGGGGGCACUGAGUUUGAUUUUGAUAAUCCUUGUUUGCCUAUGGGGAAUGUCCUGCUGAACUAUUGUCAGCAUUGGGUACCAGGACAAAUUUGGAAGAUAAAUAUCAAUGCGAAAGGCAAGAGCAAAAGUCUCGAAGAGACUGAAAAACCACUUAAUCCCGUAGCUUGCUGUAUCAUGUCCUUCUAAAGAAAGGCAUUUUGCAAGUAGUUUAUAGGCAUGUAUUUAUGGUGCUGAGAAUAGUACUUUUGUCCAUGAAGUUCAAAGCACACUACGAAAUCAAGAAAAUAAAGAGUUAUCUGAUUUUGCAGGUAGCAAAACAGAAACAGGGCCAGUUAGAGACAUUAAAAUCUCAAUGGAAGACAUUUACAUUGUGUUUAUAUACAGCAAAAACAAUGCUUUGAUCACUCAGUUUGGUUUGAACUGCAGGAGAGGAAAUAACGUGUCCCUUUUUUGAGUGAGAAGAAUGUCUGGCUGUUGAUUCAGUCAUGCCUAGUUUCUUUAGAAACCUACCUAAACAUUUUACCAUGAGAACUUUACAAACCAGGGGUCAUCUGUUUUCCUGUGCAAUCUGAAUCUGAAUGUACAUUUUGCCAUUUCUGAUGAGGAAACGGUAAAAAGGGAGCAUGCCACCCAAAUGAAAUGCCAUUCUUCCCUGUAUGAUCAAGGGAAAAAAGGUAGUUUACUCUGAAGGCCCCCCCGCAAAAGGAAAUCUUGGAUGCCCAGUAAAGAAUUCUGAACUUGGUCAGAGAGGAUCUCCUUGAAAGAUACUUACUUCCCAUUAACUAUACAAGGAGCAUUGGUAUUUUGUUUAGAGGCAUGCUUAAGUGACCACAAAUGAAAGUACAGGCCGAGUAGAUAGAACCCCACAUCCUGUAUUGCCUUGUAACCUUGAAUGAUCCCGUGUCAAGGGGAUUUAGCUCUUAUUUAGCACGUUGACCGCGAUAUACCCUUCAGUCUGCAUUUCAGCUUUCAGUUGUGUGGGAAUUUUUUCCUAUCAGCUUUCAGGAUCUUACUUUGUUCCCUCCAUAUGGGUCUGUUGCCACAAAAUGGCGUUGACCCCUGUUGGAUUGCACAAUUUGCAAAGUCAUUUUGUUGUUAAAAAAAAAACCAACUUGUGGUAUGCUGGGCAGUGGUGAAGUUGAAACAUAGGUCACAAGCUCCCACUACUUUAUCAUUCAUUCUCCAGUGUUUUGUGUGUGUAAGAUGCUUUGAUUGAUAACAGACAUGCCACAUAUAACUUGCAUGAUAUGAGUUUAAAAAGAAAAAAGGAAGUUUAUGCAGUGAGUUCAAAAUCUGAGUCAAUGGUAUCGCUGUGGAAUUGAAAUGGAGGGAAAGCACUGCAUACAGGCAGAAUAGAGAGACCUACAAGGGAAGAUGCUGAUGCUUCCUUAUGACACACAUUUUUGUUAAAACACGGCCAAAGUGUUUCGUCUAUGGGGACCAUGAUCAGCCAGCUCUGUUGCUUCUGCAUCAGUCACUUACAACAAUUCCUCUCUAAUAAAGGUGUGACAAAGCUUCCUUUUGCUGUUAGCAGAGAAUUUACUUCCAGAGAAUUGGCAUAUCUGUCGAUUUGCGGCAGACAAAUGGUGGGGGUUAAUUAGGAUUUGUAUUUGAUAUGGAAAUGCUGCUGUGAUUCCUUAAAGAGGCUGUCACAUCAUUGGCAACACAACAGAGCCUAAAGGCAGGCAUCUCAAAUCAGGUCCCUUGCUUAAUAAAAAUUUAAGGGGAGAAAAAAGCAAGGGAAAAGAUAAUAGAAGAUGAUAAAACACAAUAAUUAAAAUAAAAACCAGAAGCAAGCCUGCAGUGGAAAGCUGCAUAAGUGGCAAAAAUGAUGCGAGUGAACUCAUGUGAAUACUUCCGACAAGUGAAUCAGUAGCCUAUCUCGUGUCCCCCGUCUACGUUAUGAGCAAAGGUCCCGUUUUUCACAUGGUCCACCUUGUUUGGCCAUGGUGGAGUUUCCUAAAUCUUUAGAAAACACUGAAGUUACCAUGUGAAAUUGUAGGUGCAGUAGCUGAACAUGGUUUAAUGGAUCAGUGCGUGCCAGCAGAUGGGCACUGGGCCGACUCGGACCUGGUACCUGAAGGAAUAUGUGAAAUGCCGUGUCCUGCCUGACAGAAGAAGUUGUUCAGGGAGAGAAGGAAAGGAGCCACGUGCCCGUAAGGAAAGGUGGGAGACCUAUGGAGAAAACAAUGGGGAGUUGGAGUGAACUGAUCAAUCAUUUUAAUGUAAUGGUGUGGGAGGCUUUCACUUGCUCUGUAAUAUAAGAGAUGACUUACAGACCCCACCACAAAUCUGUCAUCAGAAAGGAGCAAGAACAUCUUUCUCUUUUUCCAACACAAACUUGGUUUUGAUAUAUUUAAACCUAAUGUGUAUGCCAGGCCUGAGUUGCCUCUGCUGCUGCUGUUUCCACAGUGGCUCUUGGGAUGCGGGUAUCAUGUAUCAUACAGGAGCUGGAAAGCCAAUGUUGGCUUUCCCCCCUUUUUUCCCCCUGUCCGUAGGAAAAUGUAUUCUGCAAGGAAGGGAUGUAUUCUGCAAAUCCCUGCUGCAAAGAUAAUUUCGUGGGAGAAUUCAGCGCUUGCUUGGAUUAGAACCUGUCUUGCCCUGACAUCAGUAUCGGCGCCGACUCUGUGUAGAAGGCUGUGAGUGUCAGUGGGGCGGGAAUCUCCCCUGCACACCUCCGUGUCUUGUGCUAAUUAUGAAGCCUUCGAGCUGCAGCUGGUGAUCUGUGUCCUGUGUCUUUAAACAGUUCUGCUGGUGAUGUUAAUUGUAGCCAUUAGUCACACGGAGUGGAGAUGAUCUAAAGGAAACUGACAACUUUAAGCAUUACGCAAAGUCUAAAAAUAUUAAAUUGGUGAUUGUUACAAGUAAUGCCUGAGAUUAUGAUAACUUAAAGAGUUUCAGGGUUUGGUUGCAUUGUAUCCUCAAUGGGACUUAGUGUAGAAUCACUUUCCCUUAAAUAUGGUUUUCCCUGAGGUACACGUGCAUCUUUCACGCAUCAGUGGCAGAAGGAAUUAAAUGGUAGAACACGUGAUUCUAAAACUAUGGAUAUAUUCAAAGGGGCACAUAUAGGAUACCUGGCACUAUUUAAAAACGUUGUUUUGCAGUUAAUUAGUGUUCAACUUGACAAUAAUGUCUCUUUUAAAUAAUUUGGUUCUCUAGCUCUUUCACCCUAUAGGACUGUGAGAUGUGUCCUACAAAACUUGCCCAGCUCUGCAUCCUUUCUUCACCUAGCCCCUUCCAUUCAACAAAAUCUUGUCUUCUGUACGUACUUUUUUUCUAUGAAUAACUGGAGAAAACUGUAAAAAAAACCCUAACACCCUGACAAACUGCAGACAAGAGCUUGAGGAUCACUAUUUUAAAUAUUUCCCCUAUACAAAUCUCUGGUAACAGGGUGAAAUGGAAGUUGAGAGCAACAGCUGACCUCGUCAUAGAGGAAUACAAGAAAGACUCUGGCUAGGAGUCCCCACAGGUGUAGGGAGACAGUCAUCUGAAACAGCUCUUGUGAUUUAAGAUGUUACCUUCCCCUGACUGUUAAUUAUCCUUCUUCACGUAGGGACCACUGCCCCAACAUUGAAGCAACAGUAGGUUAUGGAAGUGCUCCUCUCCCAAUGAAGGUUGUGCACAACUCGUGCUAACUGUUGAUUCUGCACUCACGCAAAUGUAAAAGCAUUCACGUUGUCUAUUAAUACAACUCUGUUAUGAGAAUAACGAUUAACAGCUGGUCAUGGUGACAUCUAAAAUUGCUAGAUUGGCUAUCUGUGCCUUAAGGCUCUCGUGAUCUGUAGUACUUGCGUAGCAGUAACUGCUGAAUGCAUUUUUUCCGCAUGCACCGAUCUACUUUGGAGCCUUACGGAAAAUACUAUAGCACCGUUAUCAAAAAUUCAAAAAUUAGAUUACAAGAGUAAUUUGCAAACAGUGCUUGUAUCCUCAGGAUAAAAUUUGUUUGUUUCUCAGUUUAGUACUGUUAGGACUCAGGGGGUCUGAGAUUUGUAAAGCCAGGGCAAGUCUAUCAAUCAUGUUCUCUCUAUGUAUAGUUUCAAUAACUGUUCUCUUUUCACAACUUGUUGUCAGUUUGAAUUUUAUUCUUGGACCUAGUAAGACGGUUACUUUUGGUCUGUUGUGUUCCAACCUAAAAUCUGAAGGUUAAGCAACUUUGUGAAACAUGUCACUCUUUAUAUUGUAUAUUUAAAUAUCAUCAGUUCUCUGUGAUCAAUGGGCUGCUUUGGAGAGUACUACUACUUUAAAUCAUUGUUGGUUACUGAGGAAGAAUGACAUUCUGUUAAAUAAAAUAUGACCAAAUGAAAAUUAAAAUACAUAUUUAUUUU